AUGUCCUUUGUCAUGCACGAGGUGAUCUACUUCGGUCGCUGUUUGCCCUUCAUGGUGAUGGAUAAGAUUCCAUACUUCCGGAAAUACAAGAUUCAAGCGGGGAAAAUGCCCACCCUUUCCGAACAAUGGGCCUGCGCAAGGCUCGUCCUGCUGUCUCAUUUCACCGUCGAACUCCCUCAGAUCUGGCUGUUUCACCCCAUGGCGCAGUACUUCGGCCUGUCAACCAGUGUCCCGUUUCCUCCGUGGUACAAGAUGGCAUGGCAGAUCGCCCUUUUCUUUGUUCUUGAGGACGCAUGGCAUUAUUGGUUUCACCGAGCUCUGCACACCCCUCGUCUGUACAAGAUGAUCCACAAGCUUCACCAUCAAUACAGCGCGCCAUUUGGCCUGGCCGCGGAGUAUGCGUCACCACUUGAAACCAUGAUUCUCGCUUUCGGCACUGUCGGUAUCCCAAUCGUCUUCUGCGCGUUCACCAGAGACCUGCAUAUCAUCACGAUGUACAUCUGGAUCGUCGGCCGACUCUUCCAGGCGAUCGAUGCCCAUUCUGGGUACGAGUUCCCCUGGAGUCUGCAUCAUUUCCUGCCGUUCUGGGCUGGAGCCGACCACCACGACGUGCACCACGAGAAAUUCCUUGGAAACUACGCCAGUUCUUUUCGAUGGUGGGACGCCAUGAUGAACACCGAGUCCGGAAGUGCCUCGGCUGCAGCUAAGAGAGCGAAGAAGACGGCGGUCAAGAAGAACGAGUAA